AUGAAGCCAGUAAACUCUGAUCAAUCAAGUAUUGAACAGUUGCCCAGUGGUACUCCAAAUGAAUCUUCUAAGGUGGUAAAUGUAGAGUUUUUACCUGAAAAUGAAACAACUGCAGAAGAACAUGAAAGCGACCACUUUGCCCAUGAUGUUGAAACUGACAUGAAAGUGCAUCAUAUAAGAUCUGAAAGAACUAUUUCUGACUCUGGUGCCAUGAUUGAACUAGAGAGGGUGAAAAGGGAAAUGAAAAUGAUGGAAGCUGCCCUACAAGGUGCUGCAAGACAGGCUCAGGUAUUUCAUUUAGUGCAUGUUAUUCAUGGCAGCUUUUGUAUGUUUUUGUUGGCAAGAUCUCGUAAUAUACAAGACGAUCUAAACACUACAUCAUCUCUAGGUAGGCUUUUUCUUGGUCUGUUUGGUACGUUUUGUCUUGGUUAGGGGGUCUAUGUGUUUGUAGAACCAAGCUUUUU